AUGCACAACGCCUUAUACAACGGCACCUACAGACCUGAAUUCUAUAUCAAAAUAAUCAUGGACGAUGCGGCCGCAGAGACCGACCAUGUCGGCGGGUGCCCUAACUCACCGGGAUGCUCAAUGACGGCACGACGAGCUGUCAGUUUCUGGAAUGACUUCAUCCCGGGGUACAACGGCCCAACAGCUAACAACGUGUUUGAACAAAAGAUUGACCACCUUGAAGAACGCCUGGAUGUGGCCAUCGGCCUGCUCGAGCAGCUGACCAAGACAAUGUCAAGCCAAAGCAGCACAGUCCAGAUUGCAUCUCCAGGAGCUCUGAACCAUGACACGGAUGGUGCGACCGUGGUGGAGGGAGACUCAUCUCUCGGCGCACACUCAGCUUUUGCAAGCAACUUCGUCAACAGCUUCAUCACCAGUGGGUCCCCUGCAGCGCCCAGCCUGGACAUGCGGCAGACCCUUGACGUCCUGUCUCGCAUCGUCACAACUCUAAAGAGGCCCAAGGCGGCAAGUGAAAUGACGUACCCCCUCAGCCUUGAACCUCGUGUGCAGCUUCCAAAACGUGAUCGGCUUCCGCCCAUCGACAGGGCCAUGGCGCUAGUCAGUGGCGCCUGUAAUGAAACACACAAGCAUCUCCAUCUGACGAUGCAGUGCUACAAUGCAUUGACGAUGAAUGACUUUCCCCUCAUGUGCCACCACGCAUACUUCUCACCGACGCCGUCUGAAUACGACUAUAUUGUCGUGUUAUCUGGACUGUCUGCGUUAUUCUGGAUGCAUGCUCACACCGUUUCGGCCGAAGAGAAAGAGGAGUAUCUCCGAUACGAUCACAUGUGCCACGUUCAUCUCGAGACAGCCCUGUCCAGCCUGCCGCUGCAUCUUCCUGCGCGACCUGACGUUAUCGCGGCACUGCUGAUGGGGACUUACUAUGCCAUUGAGAUUUCAAAGCCGUCUCUGUCGUGGAUCCUCACGUGCAAAGCAUCUGAGCUGUGCCAGACUCUAGGCUACAACAACGCGGCAACGAUGCACGAAGAUGCACCUGAAAAGGUCCAGCAUAAGCUGAUUUUAUUCUGGGCUACUUACAACCUCGAGAAGUCUCUCUCUCUUCGCCUUGGCAGACCAUCUACGAUACCGCAGUGGAGCAUCACGGUUCCAAUACCGUCUUCCAUCACAGGUUCUGGCGAAGAGUCCUGGGGUUUUGCGUAUUUUGUCUUAUACAUUGAGGCUGCUCGCUGCCAGGGUGACAUUUACGAGAUGCUGUACAGUCCCGACGCCGUAACCCGGCCUGCAGAUGUUAGGCAAGACCGGGUGCAAUAUCUUGCAACCGAGAUACAGCGCCUCGAAGUAAACUCGCAGAAAUUCAAUGAAAAAUGGUAUGCGAUUGUCAGCGCAGCCAUUGGGAAAGACAUCCUAGACUUUAAUAACUAUUCCGACGAAGUUCUCCGGUCAUCCUUGCUCACCCUGAUCUACCGAGCUGAUCCUCGACCGAUCGGCUCUUUGACGACGUUUAGCGCCGAGUGCCUUCAUGCUGCCCGGACGACCCUGAAGCGUCACCAGCUCUGCAUGUCUGUGGUAGGAAAGAAUCAAGAAAUGUUUUUUCCUUUAUAUGUCUACUGGAUACUCCUCUUUUCACCGUUCAUUCCGUUCAUCGUUCUGUUCUGCCAGGUGAUCGAGACACAGGACGAGUCUGACUUGGUUCAGAUGCAGGCCUUUGUCUACUCCAUUCAGUCGGCGACUGCACUCAGCUCUGAGGCGGGAAAAAUGCACCUCCUCUUCCAGGCACUCUACAAUGUAGCGUCCCACUACGUCGAGAUGAGCCGGACCCAGAUGCAGGCGGGACAGGGCCUCGACUACACGCAAGCGAGCGUCCAGAUGAACGACUACCUAGCUGCAUUGGGCUUCUCGAACAUGGCUUCUCGUGUCGGUGGAUCGGACGCGCAGCCCGCUGAAGAACAACCUGUCCCGGGCGACCAUACCUCCACUGUUGGCUCGGUUCCUCCGCAGGAUGGUGGAGAGAUGGGGUGGAUGAUGGGCGGCUGGCUGCACGACAACCAGGCCAUGGUGGAGCUGAUGCAGUUUUCCGACUACAUCGCGGAGAAGCAGAGAACCGUACCGACAUUCGAGAGUGACCAGAAGCCUCUCCGUUCUGGCAAGCCAUCUCUUGCACCCUUCUCUUCCGCCUCUCUCGUCGAGCUGCACAAAUCGCUGGUGGAAAUUUCGUCCAUCACCAGGACCGAGGGCGACGUGGCCGCCUUUCUGCAGCCCUACUUGGAGGCUCAUGGCUUCACGGUUGAGCUGCAACCCAUCACAGCCGGCCGCUACAACGUGCUUGCCUACCUCUACGAGCGCCGUGGAAACACCGUCUGGGGCCGCGGCACGGUGGAUGACAAGGGCAGCGUGGCCUCGCAGGUGGUGUCCGUGUCAGCGCUGAUCGCAGCCGGACGAAUCACCGAGGGUGAUGUGGCGCUGUUGCUGGAUGUCGGCGAGGAAAAGGGUGGCGACGGGAUCCGGGCGGCCAACGAGCUUGGCCUCUCUUGGGAGGCCGCCGUAUUUGGCGAACCGACUGAGCUGAAGCUGGCCGCCGGCCAUAAGGGCGGACUUGGCUUCAAUCUCACGGCCAAAGGCAUCGCCGGCCAUUCGGGCUACCCAGAGUUGGGCAUCAACGCUAUCAACCUACUCGUGCGCGGCCUCGCCGCCCUUGAGGCCCUCGAAUUGCCCGGGAGUGCCCGCUUCGGAAACUCGACGCUCAACGUGGGCACCAUUGGCGGCGGCGUGGCUGCCAACGUGAUCCCUGAGGACGCCUACGCAACCGUGUCGGUGCGCGUAGCCGUUGAGGCUCCAGAGGUUCUCAGAAGGCUUAUCGAAGCGGCUAUGCUCGCGGCCGUGCCUGAGCUGCAGCUGGACUUUCGCUAUGGCGUCGGGCCAGUGGCCAUCGACCACGACAUUGACGGGUUUGAAAGUAUCAUCCUCAACUACGGAACAGACAUCCCGGGACUUUAUGGUGACCACAAGCGAUAUCUAUACGGCUCGGGAACCAUUCUGUACGCACAUUCGGACCAGGAGCACAUUAGGAUAUCGGAACUGGAGGAGGCCGUCAGAGGGUACCAAACUAUCAUUACAGAGCUCUUGAGCCGAUGA